AAACGUUUUCUCGGGAUUUCAUUUUCAAGUUUCUGUAAAAUUGAAUCUUGAUUUUGGGAGACUUUUUGAAUCGGCUUUCUUCUGCUCAACUAGUGGUUCGUUCAGAGUCAACUUCAGCUGCCGCAGAUCCUUAGUGUACUAUCAAUUUCCACUCACCACAACUACCCUCCGGCCAGUCCCGGUGGCAAUACACAUCAAUUAGCCUCACAGGAGCAGUCACAGGCAACAAAUCUUCAACUCUCUAUUAAUUUUAGUAAUUACUGUUUGAAUAAUUUAACUGAAACCUCCGAAGUGAUAUGAGUACUCUAUUACUACUAUUGAUUGUUGUUCUGGGGUUGUUUUUUUACCUAUGCUACGGCGGAUCUCUAAAUUCCACCACCACCACCACCACCACUGACUGGUUUCUAUGCCAGUAUAACUCGUCUAAUUUAACUCCUUACAGGAGGAGAUUGGGUGGUGAUUAUGAUAAGAUUGUAUUGUUAGAGGAAUUCACAUUUGGUGUAAAUUCUGUUCCGUUCAGUAGUUGUCAUGCUUCUACUAUUGUUGAAGUUGAGAAAGACCAUUUUUUAGUUGCGUAUUUUGGCGGAAGUUCCGAAGGAGCGCCGGAUGUGAGGAUUUGGUUGCAGAGAUACAAGGAUGGGUGUUGGCAUUCACCAAUUGUAGCUGAUGAGCAGAUUAAUGUACCAAUGUGGAAUCCGGUGUUGUUUAAGGUUUCUAGAGAUGAGUUGCUUUUGUUCUAUAAAGUUGGUCAGGAAGUGCAGAAAUGGAGUGGGUGUAUGAAGAGGUCUUAUGAUAGAGGCAUGACUUGGACGGAACGCGAACAGCUUCCGCCGGGAGUAUUGGGGCCGAUUAAGAAUAAGCCGAUUUUGCAGAAUGGGAAUUUGUACUGUGGGUCGUCUGUGGAGAGCUGGAACUCAUGGGGUGCAUGGAUUGAGGUUACACCGGAUGCAGGGAAAACGUGGAAAAAGUAUGGACCAAUUUACAUUGAAGGCGAAACCUUAGGAGUGAUUCAACCAGUUCCGUAUUAUACUGCGAAUGGUACGUUACGCGUUCUACUGAGGUCAUUCAGUGGGUUAGAGAGGAUUUACAUGUCAGAGUCUUAUGAUGGUGGAAUUAACUGGAGUUAUGCAAGACCUACGGAACUUCCAAAUCCGAAUUCUGGAAUCGAUGGUGUUAAACUGAGUGAUGGUAGAUUGGUACUUGCUUAUAACACAAUAUCAAGAGGUGUGCUCAAAGUAUCUGUGUCCAAAGAUGAUGGUGAUUCCUGGAGUGAUUUGGUGACACUGGAGGAGGAUUUGGGUAUGGAAUUCUCUUAUCCUGCUGUCAUACAAAGCAAUGAUGGGUUAGUGCACAUUACUUACACAUAUAACAGGACCCAAAUUAAGCAUGUUGUUAUACAGCCUUUAGAAGCCACCUAAUACACAUGUUCUGCUGCAUUUCUUUUCUCAAUGUUCUUAGUCCUUCAAAUUUGAGAUUUAUACAAUUGACAAUGUAUUGUGUUUUCUCGCCUAUCUUUCCUGCAUUAUCUCGUGGCUUCUUUGCAAUUCAUCAGCAGUCAGCAACAUUUGUAAUGGGAUCGCCUUUUGUUAUAUUUUAGAAGGUGCAGAAGAAAUUGAAGACAUGGCUGACUUGUUUCACUUAAUCAGUGACGAUGUGGCAAGCCACUCUUGCAGGCAAGCAGGUGAGGAAAAAAAAAGAACAAAAAAAAAAAAGUUGGGAACCCACUAUGCAUAUUAUCAGAGCCAGGUUACGAUUCUGGGACCUGUGGGUUAUGGGCCCACCACGCUUCGGCUGCGCCACUCUGAUUUGUUGACAAUCAGCUGCAAUUUAGUUAUAGGUACAAAGCCAACGUUAAUGACCGACCUGAGUAGAGAUAGUUUCCCUGUCAUUCUCUCGCCUGAAACAUUUUCUCAUUGGAUCAACUAAAAAAAUGAAUAAUUGCACUUUCCUGUUGGAUGAUGCAUGUAAAUGAGCUGAAAACUAAUGAAAAGACUCUUGA